AUGAAGACUGCAGACAAUUCUAGCCAGCCUCCAUAUCAACGCUGUUUGAUUACAGUCCUCCCUGAGGAACUUCAACUUCCAGCGAGAGAUUUUGCCAAUCAUGUUGUCAUUCCCAUUAACGUCGUUUUGAUCACUAUGGCAACCCUUUGUAAUGGGUUUGUUGUCAUCACUGUUGCAAGAACCAAGUCUUUACAACGACCUUCGCUGCUGAUGCUGUGUAGUUUAGCAUUAACAGAUCUACUCUAUUCAUUUUAUUUCCUUUCAAGAUGUCUUGCGUUUUUGGCGGACGAGUUUUUUUGUCCAAAACUGCCGAGUGUUGAAACAAGCGCGUUUUCCGCCCUCUGUCUCAUAGCAACCCUUGGGACUUUGGCAGUCAUCAGCCAAGAUCGUUACUUAGCAUUGAAUAAACCCUAUUGGUAUCGCAAUCACGUGACUACCUCACGUGCAUUUUACUUGAUAUGUGGAACUUGGUUGGCUAGCGCCACUAUUUCAAUUUUGAUAUACUUCUCGAGAAAGUUUGUUCUCCCGAUUGCUAUUGCGCAAAUCUUUUUUCUUUUGUUUUGUGUUGUUUGUAUCUUAAUGAUUAUCUUUUCAUAUCUCGGCGUGUUUUGCAAAAGAAAAACACCUGUGAAUGUAAUUCUUAUCCCCGCCAUAUUGAAAAGAGAAAAACAAAUGGCUAACACUGUUGCGGUUAUUCUUUUCCUGUUUUUAGUAACCUUUAUUCCUGGUACACUUCUGGCAUUGGUUCAUGCUUUUGCCCAAAAUGUGAAUGUACAGGCUACUUUCCCUUUUUCUGGCUUUUUUCUGUUACUCAAUUCGCUUUUAAAUCCUUUACUGAACUUCGGACGGAGCAAAGAAAUGCGACGAGCACUUAGACAUUUGUUAAGACGCCAACAAGAAGUACAGCCAUUAGCAAGGCUAAGAUUUCAAACGGCGAGAACAGAAAGAGAUGGCCAAUAAAAGAACACGACAACAACGACAACGACAACAACAGCGACAGGAACAACAUUAAUUAACACGAUCUGAGAAACAGGAACAACAGCUGAAAAACUUGAAAUAACAGUAACAUAUAGCAACGAAGCUGUGAUACGUGUGAUAACAUCAAUGACUACUUGUGCUGCCAGUCUUUUAUUCGUAGCCGGACGACUUAACAUUAUAUACGCUAGCAACAAAGAAAUAUAGCCAGCAAAAUCAGCAAGUAAGCAAACAUCAGCAAUAAAGCAGUAAAAAAUCCACCAAAAACUGCAAUAAUGUAUAGAUCAUCGUAAACAAAUCCUCGCGUUUAUCAAUAAAUUAAGACUAAGGAUUAAGAACUUCUUAAAAAGGCCUUCCCAGCAUCAAACGCAUUACGGCGCAACGAACAACUGAGAAACUGUGACUCUCAAAAACUGAAAUAUACGCAUCUCUCCGCUUUAACUUGCGUUCGUGAGAAGUAGUAAUUUCUGCUUAGUUGACAGACCUCGUCCCGAAAGCUAGAAGACCCUUAGAGACGAGGAUCCGAUGUUUUGGGGGCUCACAGGUCCUGUAAUUACCUGUAAAACUUUUAAGAAGGAACUUAUGUAGUUAUUAGUUAAUUAACGGCUAUUUCCCUGCAGUGUAUAUCAGUAGUCAAUUCAUGUACAACAGCCUUAUAUAACUGCUUUUCACGAGCACCUAGAUUAGCUUUCGCCAUUUUCAACCGGCGAGUAAUAACUUAAAUGACAAUAAAGUGACUUUGGUAUAGUUUGGUGUGGUUGUGUAUAGCUGCUGUAUUUGGUAUAGUUUGGUAUGGUUUAGUAAAUUGGAGGAAUUGCCAUUAUUAAAAAAAUUUAUGUCAGGAACCGAUUACAAGAAUUAUAGAUUUCGUAUUGGAAUAAAAGGACAGGACGGAAGAUUUUGUAUUAAGAAAUAAAACACUUGACGAAGCGUCGGUAUAAUCACACAUAAGAACGGUGAUUUUGGCGAGAUUUCUGUAACGGAGAAAAGCUGCUCCGCGCCGAUCUCCUGAGUGAGUGUUACAUAUGGGAUAGGUUCUGUGCCACACUCUGGUGCAGUGUAAACAGUAUUCGGACAGUAGACGAUUAUAGUGAAUAAGUAGGAGCGAGGACUGGAAUCCACUGAGACGGAAGUGAAAAUUCAGGAGUGAGGACUGGGAUUUAAUCACCAAGCCCUCUCGGCCAACCGCUCCGACACGAUGCUCGACUGAUAUGUGUGAACGACCUGUUCCAGUGCUGUGGCGUUAAAUGCUUUUCAUACCAUACCGGUUAGCUUUCGUGUCGGCACCAAAAACUAAAUGGUAUAAUGUAUACUGAACAUACUCUUAGUAAAAACAAAGCUUUGAUGGAGACGACCGGUGCGAGCAGAUCUAAAACCUAACUUGACCAAUGGCAGAGCGGCGAAUUGAGCGCCGGUCCUUUUUCGCGCGCUUUCGUAUUCUUAUUUGAUGUCUUUGAUGUUGUAUUGUCUUUGCUAAAUCUGUUUAUCAAAUUACCGAAAACGUCGGUGAACUGACGAAAAUUUAGGCUUUUUCCUAAUUUCACGUUUUAUAUUUGGAUAAUCCGCUAAUGGAAGAGUAAUUUUGCGAGUGGUAAUCUUUGUAAUAUUUUAGAUUACAACUUGGAAAAAACAUAAAGGAAACAAAAUUGAUUUUUGGUCGGUGUGCUUUUUAAUGCCGAAGGAUCAUAAGAUACAUAUUCAGUUUUUUCAAGUGCUACAAUCGGAACCGAGAAACAAUUAAUACAUUGCGGAUUUAAUUGUUAAAAGCUACAUUAUGUGACACAUUUUAUAAAUCCUCGACUCGUCCACAAUCCAUUUCUACUGAUGUUCCAACCAAAUACGGUUUCUGUUUCGGAUUCUAGCCAAUGCUUGGUAAGUUCCACCGAUGUUAGCUUAUUGGAAGGUGAAAAUGAUUACAUUUUUUAUUCAUUUUUUUCUUUAUUUUUUUUAAUAUAAUGUAAUAUGUAGUCCACCAGACAAAAAGAGGAGCUUAAUAAAAAAGCGCGUGUUUCAGAUUGAAAUGGAAUUUGAAAUUUUUUAAGGUUUUUUGAGCAGAAGGUAAAACUAACCUGCGAAGCAUACGUAAUCCAACCCCGGCUAGGUUUAGAUUUUUUCUAUAUUUUUCUGUGGUGGAGACUAGGGUGAAUCCGGAGAACCCGGAGAAAAAAAAGGAGGAUCUUAUAACGCCAACGACAAACCGCCUAAACCUGCAUAAACAAGUGAAAAGAACGAAACCGGGGCCUCAACCUGGGCCAUGCAAUCAAAUGAUGGUGGGAUGUAGCCUGCGUAGCCGGCGAAAUCGUUAGCGCGAGCAAAGUUUUGGCAAAGAGCUGCGAAGCCGUGUAGAAAACGGGAAGGAGACGCUUUGAAAUCGCUUUUUCUUGCGGUUUCGGCGCUCGCUUCUCGCGGUUAAACCUCGAGAAUGGAAACUUACACUAGCAAAAACAAUGCCGCCAGCUACCCUUGAGGCCAGGUGGGAUGCGACUAGUUCUCUCACCACCUUCCUGCGCCACCUUGUUCCCUGGCCUAGUGUUGAUGUUGUUGUUAAUGUCAGAGUCGUUACACUUAGUCUGUUUGCGAAAACGUUCGUCCUCUGACCGUUUCUACCGACCCAACUGACUGCUUGUGGGUCUCCAAGGAUAGUUUGUAGAUUGAAAAUAUAACUUUCUGUAAAUUAUAAAGUUGACGUUGUUGUUGGCUUGUCAACUAGAUGCUUUAUGAGAAAGAGGGAGGAGGGCCCCUCGUAAUAUUUCAAUUCUUUACAGAUAUCAAAUGUUUAGCGUAGAUGGAAGCUCAACUUGCGUAAACAUGGUUCAAAUAUAUUUCGAAUGAUAUAAAAAAAGAAAAAAACAAAGGGUGCAGCCGUGGCUUCAAAUGUACCUUUGUUAAGGCCGGCCGGUAUCCGGCUUGAUUGAGACUUUUUAUAAAUUUACUGCCUCUCAACUUCACUACCAAAGGUUAGUCAGUUAAAGACGCCCUAAGUGGAGACGUAAUUCAGUAUCUAUAUGAAUAACAGUCUUAUAGAAACCAGAAACCAUUGAGUUACCAACUGAACUUUCAUGUUUAUAGGGUCCUAUGUGCGAUGAAAUGAGCAAGGGAAUACUUUCACGAUCGUUUUGUUCAAAUUAUACUACAUUCCCGUGAUUACCAAUUAAUAUUACGGAUGACAAAUUACGCUCACAUGCAAUCGUGUUUUUCACUUGCUUUCGCGAUUCAACGAUAACUCCACUCACUCCGAAGUUUAGCCGCGAGCAAAAUAAAUUUGGUUUAAGUUCACAAGUUUCUGAGAUUUUUGACAAAAUGCUUGUUAGAAUCCUUCUUGAUGUGCUCUUUCGUGUGUUUAAUUUUUUUAAGCGUCUUUUAAUGACCUGACAUCGUCGUUCAUGACAUGUUAAAAUUUCGACUCCAUCUUGACACUGAGACGUACGGAACGUUGCCAUGGUAUUAUUUUAUAAUUUCACAACUGAAAUUAUACUUAACGCCGGGCCAAAAUUAAGGAGUAAUUUUCACUCAUGAUAUAAAGACGAGAAAGAUGAACGAUAAUGCAAUAAUUUGUGAGGAAAUAAAACUUAAGACUUUUUUAAAUAUCUUGAAUCUAUUUCCUCAUGCAUUUUCCAGUUUAUGGGGAAAAAAUCCCUAUAAAUAAAUAGAAAACUGAUACCUUUCCAGGCAACUUUUCAAGCUGUUUUCGAUGUUUCCGCAAACCAAGACUGGAUUGUAAAACAUUUAUAUACUGCUUAUAAGCAACGACGACGUCGACGUCGACGUCGAUGGCAACGCGAACAGCAAAAAAGCAAUAGGUUUAGAUUUGCAAAACAACAACCCUUUAUCCCGCUUUUGUGCAUUUCUUACCGUUGCCGGGCGACCACAACGUGAAAACGCCUAAUUUCACGUUUUGUGCAGGACGUGAAGGGAGGACAUUAGCAACUGUCUUUUUCUUUUCCUUAACUUUAACGAAGUCAUUUAAAAUUCAACUCCAAAAAGAAAUUAACAACAUUUGAGGAAUUGAAAGGGAUGGAAUAAGCGCGAUAAGUUUGAAGCAGGUAGCCCGUAGCCGUCGCUGUUGUUGCUACAGCUGAAGCUUCUUUUUAGCUGUGUGUUGUACACGCGUCUGUUAAAUUCAUCGAGUGUUCCUUAUUUUUCUUAUUUCUUUGUUUUUUUGUUUUUUUGCAUUUUUAGUUUUCACAGAAAAUAACAAUGACUGCAGACAAUUCCAGCCAGCCUCCAUAUCAAGCCUGUUUGAUUACUGUCCUCCCUGAAGAAAUCCAGCUUCCAGCGAGAGAUUUCGCCAAUCAUGUUGUCCUUCCCGUGAACGUCCUUUUGAUCGUUAUGGCAACUCUUUGCAACGGGUUUGUUCUCAUCGCUGUGGCACGAACCAAAUCUUUACAACGACCGUCGCAGAUAAUGCUCUGCAGUUUAGCAAUGACAGAUCUACUCUAUUCGCUGUAUUAUUUCUUGAAAUAUCUCGAAAUAUUUGCAGACGAGCACUUGUGUCCCAAAAAAUCAAGGGAUAAAAUAUCCAUAUUCUCCCCCCUUUGUCUCCUAGCAACCCUCGGGACCUUAGCGGUCAUAAGCCGAGAUCGCCGUUUGGCGUUGAAAAAGCCCUAUUGGUAUCGCAGUCACGUGACUAAAUCACGUGCAUCCACGUUAAUAUGUGGAAUUUGGUUGGCUAGCGCCACUAUUGCAUUGUUGACACACAUACGGUGGAGGUCAGAUGUGCCGAUUCUCCUUGGACGAAUCCUGUCUUUUCUGUUUUGUGUUAUUUGUCUCUCUGUGAUUAUCUUCUCAUAUCUCGGUGUAUUUUGCAAAAGAACUUCUUCUGUAGAUGCACUACUCACCCAUGCCAUAUUGAAAAGAGAAAAACGAAUGGCUAACACCGUCGCCUUGAUUCUUUUGUUAUUUUUGAGUACAUUUCUACCAGGUAUUUUCAUUGCACUAGCUCAUGUCUUUUCAAAAGAUGUGACAACACAGUCUACUAUUCCCUUUAAAGGUUUCUUCCUACAACUUAAUUCGCUCUUAAAUCCUUUGCUUAACUUUUGGCGAAACAAAGAAUUGCGCAGGUCACUUAGAAACUUGUUGAAACCUAAUCAAGAAGUGCUACCAUCAUAA